UUGCAGCCAUGGACAAAAAGCUUUAUUGCAUUUUGCCUUAUGCAUUCCUAAUCACCGUAACCUUCCCAAUGCUUUCUUCUGAAUCCAAACAACCUAUGAGUCUUGCAACUGAUCAAACUGCCCUUCUUUCACUCAAACAUACAUCUCUUUUACUUGCAACUAAUUGGACCAACUCCACCUCCGUCUGCACCUGGAUUGGCGUCACUUGCAGCUUGCGCCACCGAAGAGUUUCUGCGUUGAAUCUCUCCAACAUGGCUCUCUCCGCCACCAUUCCACCACAGCUCCGACACCUCUCCUUCCUCGUCUCCCUCGACCUCACCAACAACCUUUUCUAUGGAGAUUUGCCACAGGAACUGUCUCUCCUUCGCCGUUUGAAGUUCAUAUCUUUCCAACUCAACAACUUCACCGGAGACAUCCCCCCGAUGUUGGGUCAGUUACCAAAAUUAGAGUACUUGUCUUUACGCAACAACAGCUUCAUAGGUUCCAUCCCAAAAUCCCUCUCAAACCUCACAAACCUACAAUUUCUUGACUUAAGAUCCAAUUCUCUAAGUGGAGAAAUUCCAAAAGAGUUUGGGAGACUUCAAAGUCUACAAACUCUGUAUGUUCAACGUAAUCAUCUCUCCGGUGCUAUACCAUCAGCCAUAUUCAACAUCUCGACCCUUGUAUCUAUGGGCUUCACAUACAAUGAAUUGAGUGGAAGUCUUCCAACAGACAUGUGCCGUAAUCUUCCAUCUCUGACUGGGCUUUAUCUUUCUAAGAAUCAAUUGAGUGGCACGAUUCCCUCAAAUCUAUCCCAAUGUUCACGGCUUGAGGAGCUGAGCCUCGCUUACAACUCUUUUAGUGGGGAGAUACCUUCAGAAAUCGGCUACUUAACAUCUCUUCAGUUUUUAGCUCUUGGUGGUAACAAUUUGAAAGGAAUACUACCACAUGAGAUUGGCCAUCUUCAGAGUCUGGUUACUUUUGCUGUUGAAAAGAAUGAGAUUGCGGGCUCAAUUGAUUUCAAUAUUUUCAUGAAUAUGUCUUCUCUGCAAACCUUAGGACUAGGGCGCAACAAAUUCACGAGGAACCUUUCAAGGGAUGUCGGGAAUAUUACCAUGCUAACAAAUUUGGAUCUCCAAGAUAACCAUUUUACAGGUCUUAUUCCCACUGAAUUUGGCCAACUUUACCAUUUGGAGACAUUAGGACUACUGUUGAACAGCUUGAGUGGUUCGAUUCCACAUGAGCUCUUUAACAUUUCAACUCUUCGGAUCCUUUCACUUGUCGGCAACGCUCUGUCAGGGGUUCUUCCAACCCAUUUAUGCCAUGCCUCUCCCUUUCUUGAAGAACUUCAUCUUGGCCGAAAUUCUAUCACCGGAGCAAUACCCAACUCCAUCUCUAACUGUUCUCAACUCACAAUUCUCUCACUUCCUGAAAACAAAUUCAGUGGUUAUAUACCUACUCAUCUCGGCAACCUAAGGCAUCUCCAAAUUCUUCAACUGUUCAGAAACAAUCUUACCGAGGCACCAUCUUCUUCCUUCAUUACUUCAUUGACAAAUUGCAAGUCUCUAACUCUUUUGUCAAUUGAUGAUAAUCCUCUAAAUGGUGUCAUUCCAGCUUCUGUUGGGAACUUAUCUUCUGCACUUCGAACAUUCACUGCCGUGAACUGCAAAUUCAGUGGCAGCAUUCCUCUUGAAAUAGGCAAUUUAAGCAAUUUGAUGGCAUUGGAGUUGUCAGCAAAUGAGUUAUCUGGUAAUAUUCCACUAACUAUAAGCCAUUUGCAUGAACUUCAAGGAUUAGAUCUGUCUGAUAACAUGUUGGGAGGCUCAAUACCACAUGCUAUAUGUGAUCUAUUCCGCCUCGACACUUUAAUUAUGAGCCAGAAUCAAUUUUCAGGUCCAAUUCCUAAAUGUCUGGAAAAUGUCUCUUCUAUAAGAAUUCUUCAUCUACACUUCAACAUGUUGAAUUCAAGCAUACCUUCAAGCUUAUGGGGCCUAAAAGAUUUGAACUCUCUAGACUUGUCCUCGAAUUCAUUAAAUGGGUUCUUACCACAAGAGAUAAGUAACUUAGGAGCAGUAAUACAUAUAAACCUAUCGAUGAAUCAAUUGUCAGGGUCAAUUCCUAGCACUAUUGGGAAGUUGCAGAAUUUGAUUAAUCUGUCUUUGGCAAAUAAUAGACUAGAAGGUUCUAUUCCUGUGUCUAUGGGAAGCAUGAUCAGUUUGGCAAAUCUCGACCUGUCGUACAACAACCUCUCUGGUUCAAUUCCAAAGUCUUUAGAAGCACUUCAACACCUCGACUACUUUAAUGUCUCUUUCAAUAGUUUAAGUGGAGAAAUUCCUAAUGGAGGUUCUUUUAGAAACUUCACUAUGGAUUCUUUUAAGGGUAAUGAGGCAUUGUGUGGAAUCCCCAAGUUCCAUGUCCAAAUUUGCUCUUCAAUUUCUAAUCACACAUCAAAGAGAAACAAGGUGGAACGAGCUUCAUUUAUUGUUUUCGGGGUUGUGGCUUUCAUCUCAAUUGUUUCUUUGGCCUUUAUAAUUGUCAAAAACAAACGGAAAGAUAAGAUGACUAGAGAAGUUGAUGAGUCGAUAUUCAUUGUGCCGGAAAGAAUCUCUUAUUAUGAACUGCUACAAGCAACGGAAAGAUUCGAUGAAAGCAAUUUACUUGGCACUGGGAGUUCUUGCUCUGUUUAUAAAGGAAUUCUUAACAAUGGGAAGGAUAUUGUUGUCAAGGUGUUUAAUAUGCAGCUAGAAGGUAUUUCAAGAAUAUUCGAUGUCGAAUGUGAGAUACUACGUAGCAUUCGACACAGGAAUCUGACAAGCGUCAUAAGCAGUUGCUCCAAUGAAGUGUUCAAGGCAUUAGUACUUGAAUAUAUGCCAAAGGGAAACCUUGAAAAAUGGUUAUAUUCCUACAACUAUUGCUUGAAUAUGAUGGAAAGAUUGAAUAUAAUGAUUGAUGUUGCAUGUGCUUUGGAGUAUCUUCACCACGGUUAUUCAAUGCCCAUUGUCCACAGCGACUUGAAGCCUAGUAAUGUGUUGUUAGAUGAAGACAUGGUUGCCCAUGUAAGCGACUUUGGGAUAGCAAAGUUGUUAUGCGAUGGAGAUAGCUUUGCGUUAACCAACACGCUAGCAACAUUGGGUUACAUCGCUCCAGGUGCGAAGUUUCUCUAAAUAUAUUGAUUGCACUUCACUUUCAAUCAAUGAAUCAAUUAAUUAUGUCUUCAUUACUGCAUACAUCAUGAUUUUUGUUGUUCCAGAGUAUGGCUUGGAAGGGCUAGUUUCAACAAGGUGUGAUGUGUAUAGCUACGGGGUGAUGUUGAUUGAAACUUUUACGAGAAAAAGGCCUAGUGAUGAUAUGUUUUGCGGAGAUAUGAACUUAAAGAGAUGGGUAGAACUCUCACUUUCGGAGAUCCCAGAUGAAGUGAUAGAUGCCAACUUAGUCAUGAAUUUGGAUGAAGAAAUGAUUGACAAGAAUAUGCAGUGUGUAUCAUCCAUACUUGAAUUGGCUCUGAAAUGCUCUGCGGACUAUCCCGGGGAUAGAAUCAACAUGAAACAAGCACAUGCAGAGUUGCAAAAAAUCAAACAUCGAUUUUCCCAAUGAGAUUCAAGUAAGCUAUUUCAAUGUUCUAUGUUACUUCUAAGAUAACAUUGUUCUACUACGAUUUACUUAUUUUCCCAAUGAUAUUCGUGUUUCACAUAUCUUUCGUGAAGGGAACCAAGUUGCUAACAUUAUGGCAAAUCCAAAUACUCCGACUGGUUGGUGGAAUCAUGCUAUUCCCUUGAUUGAGGAAGUCGUUCAAAAGGAUAUUCAUAUCCCAAAUUUCCAUCGCAAAGUUAGCUAACGAUGUCUUCUUCAUUUGGUGGCUUUAAUGAGGCAUGUAGUGUUGAAGAUUUUGAAGAGGCAGUAGAUGCUAAUUGGGGUGAGGCACUGGAUAGUUGUGAGGUGGAUGACAUAAAGAACGGAAAAUUUGGCCUGGUCCUUUUGUUGGUUUUUGCUAUCAUUGCUAAUUCAGUUCUUCUUGUUUCUGCUUUUUGUUCUUGUUGUAAUAAACGAGUACUCUUUUUCCUUUAAUAGUGAUUUUCCCAUUAAAUUUUCGUCAUAAAGGUUUUAAUGAUGUUCGACCCUUAGUUAGUGUCUUUGUGCUUUCAAUGUUUGCUAGGUUUUCUUUUUCUUUUUUCUCCUUUUAUAUAAUUUCUAUUUCAACAACUGAUGCUCAAUUUCUACAUAUUUUAUGUUCUUGAGUUUACAUACAAUCUUCUUUGUCACAGCUUAAAAGGUGAAAUCUUUCUGAACAACGCCUCUGGUCUCCUCGACCAUUCUCACCAACUAAAACAACCCCUCUCAAAAGAAUUCUGAAAAUUUUGAUAUUCCGUUCGCAGCCGAACUCGAUCAAGCUGCCCAGAAGCGCAAACCCGAUCUUCACACGGCAUAGAAGUUAGCAGCAAUUGAUUGUGAUACUCAUCGAGCACACUUUCAAUUCGACGUCCCAUUGGCGCAUUUCGUCGAACAUGUGGAGGGCAGCUCGGUAUUUCCCCCCAACUUUGCCCUGUAACUCAACAAUUUGUUAUGCGACUAUAUAUCCAAUCAAACAGCCUCUUUUCCCCAUCGAGAUUACUAAAAUAUACAUGAUUGGAUAACAAUAUUUUGGUGGGCAUAUAAACUAUAAGAUUACUUAUAAUCAUAAGGAUGCUUCGUCAUAUUUUACUUUCUAGUUAUUCCAGAGAUGCCGUGCAGGUCAUAUGCUCACUUUGUAACACUAAACGUGGGUUUUUAG